UAUGUUAUGACUAAUACGCUUUAUCUGCAUCGAUCGGUAAUCAUAGCACGAUCUUUUCCGGAAGAUAACGUUCCACAAAGAUCUGCGGGAUAUCUUAGAAACAUACGAGGACGUGGUUAGAAUGUCUCUUGUAAAAGUUAUUUAUAUAUCUCAAAUAUCAUUUCUAAUAGUCUAUCUAUAGACAUUAAAAAAAGUGCUCGGUUUUGACUUUAAUAAAUAUCGUGUUACUUACGUAUGAGCCCCCAACCUUUGAUUGCAUAUUUGUCCCGUUUGGAUAUCUUUUGGAUCUAUUAAAGGAUGGGACGUAUAAAGUGUAGUGGAUCACGAAAAGGAUAUUAUAUUAAAUCUGAUAAAAAAGUGGAUGAAAAAAUGGCGGACUCCUAUCUCGAGGGUGCUGCUAACAAGAUUGAAGAACGUCGUGGAGAUCUUGUUCUACGUCAACGAUUUCUUCAGGAUAAGAUUACCACGAUGGAGAGAUCAAUCCCAGCUCUAAUGGCGUACAAUAUGUGGAUGGCAGGUCAAAAAUGCGAGGAUGCACCGCUCUGCAAGGUCAGGGAAAUCAUGUCAAGAUUCUCUCCUCUUCCCGACCCUACGGAGAAGCUGGUCAGCGAUCUGGAGUCAACAGUGAAGAAACUCGACAAGGAGACCGAGGAGUUGCACGAAAAAAUCAUAGCGGCUGAUGUUCAGCUCGAGGAAGGCGGGAUGGAAUUAGAAUCCUUGGAAAUGACGAAUAAGGAACUUAAAGAGAAGGCUGAUAAUUUAGAACAUGAAAUCAGGAAGAACUGUGUGCCCAGUUUACAUUCUAUCCACUCAGAGGACCUUGUGAGCCUUACAAAAAUUAUACAACUGGGACAAGAGGAACUUGAUCGGAAGUGUUGUAUCAAGGAAUUAGAAGAGAAGGAAAUCCUCUUUAGAGAACAAAUGGAUCGGCUACUUAGCUCUAGAGAAUUUCAACAGGCUGCAGGAGGUAAAAAAAUGGCAAAGAGAAUCCGCGAGUUAGAGACGAAUGAGAAGAAGAUGAACUGUGCUCUCCAGACCCACAAGUAUAAUAUGCAUCAGUUGAAAAAGAAGUUACUGCAAAGGGAGAAAGAAGGUACAGGCACGAUACAGACCGCUGCAACGGCAGGAACUUCGCAUGGGAAAAGUGAUAUUACAGAUCUUACUGAUGUUUCGAACGGUGUACAUCUGCCAAAUACGUAUGUUACUUCCAAAUACGAUAACAAAGAAACUAUAAAAAUUGGAAAUGAAUCAAGAAUCUUGUCGGGGCGUUGGAAUUCGAAAAAACACGAGAAUCUCACAAAUUCUGCAAUGAAAUUAAAUCAUCAAAGCAGAGCAAACAAUGACAUCCCAUUUAAAUCUUGCAUAUGUCCUACCCCACUAUCAAUUCCUUGCAAUCAAAACCCAAAUUGUUUAAAUGCUCCAAAAUCAUCUGCUAUAUAUGAUUGUGAUCCUCUAUCAAAUCGAAUACCAAAAUGUGGAAAAUUAUCACCAAAUAAUUCAAGUCCUUGCACAAUAACCAUGACUCCGUACCAGUGUGCUCCUAGAUCCUGCUGCAUUCCACUUCAUUCAACAAUCCAGGGAAGAUCUCAUUGCAAACCUUGCAUAUCAAAGUCAUCUCGUAUUCCUGGGACAUCAAAAUUCACCUCAUCCUUAAGAAGAACAUCAGGUGGAGGUUGUUGUACAUAUAAUAUACAGCCUGAGUCUCCAGUAGAUACAAAAAGCACAAAUUUCUGUCCACCAAAAAAAAUCACAAACACAUCAACUAUGAAUUGUGAAAGUAACCCUCUUUGUGAGUCUUUACCCUGUGCAAAGGAUAUUAACUACUGUCCACCUGGGAAAUCAGUAUCCUCAAAAAAACGUACUCCAUGUAUCCAAGCUCCUUGCAUUCUUGAUCCAACAUAUCCAAAAUGUCAGGCUCCGACACCUUGCAAGGAGUGUCUGCCUAUUAGAGAAUUUGGAGGUUGCCGAUGUUCUUGUAAAGGUAGAUGUGCCAGAGGAGAAUCGGAUGUUCCAUGUAAUUGCAGUAUGGGAUCUAAUAGUCCCAAUGAUAAAGGUUAUCAACCCAGAGGAUAUGGGAAGACUGUUGAGAAUCAUUGUAAUAAAUAUUUACAACAAGGAAAUAGUGACAGCGAUGAGUUUUGUGCAUGCUGUGACUGCGGCUGCAAUGACAGUCAGGAUUCUGAACAUUGUGAAUGUAAAUAAAAUAUCAAGUACUUAUAAAUUCAUUUUCUAUAAUUCAUAAAAUUUGUAAUCAAUACACCUUGCUCUAAAGUGUGCUUA